ACGUGUAACAACUGCGUUAGUAAUGUUUUGCCUAGAAUAAACAGAAAAAAAUAAUUCGGGAAAAUCAGGAAACCAUGAUGCCACACCAAAAUUAUGGAGAAACAAUCAAUGAAUAUGAAGUACAGCACCUACUUGGAAAAGGAGGAUUCGCCAGCGUCUACAAGGCAAAGUGCAGGCGUACAUCCCAAGAUGUGGCCAUAAAAAUGAUAGACAAGAAACUAAUACAAAGAUCUGGGCUAUCUAGCCGUGUUCGACAAGAGAUUGAAAUUCACUCACGACUUAAACAUCCAUCAGUUCUGCAGCUUUAUACAUUCUUUCAAGAUGUGAACUAUGUGUAUUUGGUGUUAGAGCUAGCGCAUAAUGGUGAAUUGCAGCGAUAUAUGAACUAUCAGUUGUCUCGACCAUUUACCGAAAGGGAAGCAGCAUUCAUUUUGCAGCAGGUGGUUACAGGACUAUUGUAUUUGCAUUCCCACCACAUAAUGCAUCGCGAUAUAUCGCUAUCAAAUUUACUUAUUUGCAAAGACAUGCGCGUUAAAAUAGCAGACUUUGGAUUAGCUACCCAACUUAAACGUCCUGACGAAAAGCACAUGACCAUGUGCGGAACUCCAAAUUAUAUAUCUCCAGAGGUUGUGUCACGCUCAUCGCACGGAUUGCCGGCCGAUGUGUGGAGCGUAGGAUGCAUGUUGUAUACGCUCUUGACAGGACGACCUCCUUUCGACACAGACGCCAUCCAUUCAACUCUUACUAAAGUUGUUAUGUCUGACUAUAAAAUGCCUAAUCAUAUUUCCCCCGAAGCAUGUGAUUUAAUUAAUAGCCUACUCAAGAAGAAUCCACUUGAACGCAUUUUACUAGAGCAAGUUCUUAAGCAUCCGUUCAUAUUAAAAUCUGGCAGUACUGUCGACUAUAAAGGGACUUGUGUUUCCGAUUUCUACAAUCAAAAUAUGGAUAUUGGUGACAGCGGAAUAGUCACAUUUUUUAGCAGCGAUUCAAAGAACUCACAGCAACUACGCUCUUUAGAAAAACAUAUGCAACAAAACAUAAGUAUUCCGGAAUCUGGUUUAAUACAGUCGUCUAAGUCAUUGAAUAGGAAGUACCGAAUUAACCAACUGAGUCCCAAUAUAGGAGCAUACCAGCAAACUUCAGAUGCUUGGUUUGACAGCAAAGAAUUACCUUGUCAAAUGACACCAGAUCAAAGCAACCUGUCAAAGUGUGUAAUUCCCCCGACCAUCGAGCGACAAUCAAAGUCUGUGCCACCAUUAAACACAAAGCGACUUCAGCCAACACGCUACAAAACGAAAAAUGCCAUUAUGAGUAUUCAGCGCAACGGUGAAGUUAUUAUAGAGUUCAUUAAAUUCAAGAAAAAAAUGAACGAAGAGCGUAUUGUUGAUAUUUGUCGUAUCUCUGAAGAUGGUCGUCGUAUUAUUAUUUAUCAACCGGAUCCAGGAAGGGGACUACCUAUACGAGAUCAGCCACCAGAUUCAUAUGUACCAAGUGAAGAUUGUGUUUUCUGCUAUGAAAACUUACCUACCAAACACUGGAAAAAAUAUGUCUAUGCUGCGAGAUUUGUCAGCCUAGUAAAAAGCAAAACGCCAAAGUUGACCUAUUUUAGUGCAGAAGCAAAGUGUCAGCUAAUGGAAAACAUGUCAGACUUUGAGAUAUAUUUCUAUUCAGGCGCAAAAGUACUAAAAUUCCUUAGCGAAACAAAAAAAGUGUACGAUAUGUACGGUGUGCUACUUUCGGACCAUUCAUGUGUUCAAGCCAAAAAGUUGAUAAACCACAGCAAUGAAUGUUUCGUACAUUGUAUCAGCGUCUGUAAUGCUUUGGAAAUGACUCAAACUGACGUAAAUAAUUGCUUUCCAGCAACAAUUGGACGACGACCCGUUGCACAAAUGCUACCUGUACAGAAUUUGGAUGGAUUGCCGAUUAUGCGGGACACAACCAACUUCACAUCAACACCCAAAACACAAUGCUCUAUAAACUUUACUAUAGAUUCGUCAGCGUUGAAGGAAACUGAAAACUCCUGUAGAGAGCAACUUUUGGCGUCACAACAAAAUGUGCCCAUAAAGCGAUUGAAUCUUGCUGGAAUUGGUAUUGCAACAGAGCUGUCCCAUGGUGUUGUGCAAGUUCAAUUUUAUGAUGGAUCAGUGAUAUCCGUUAUACCGACAAGUCAAGGUGGAGGAAUAACGUAUACACAGCCAAACGGCGUGUCGACCCAUUUUUCCGACAACGAAGACCUUCCAAUGAUUGUAACGGAUCGCCUUACCAAACUGGCCCAAGCACAGCUAAAGUUGAAGUCUGCCCUUCCUAUAUGUGCAAGGAAAGAUGAUUUUCAUGUAAUGGCACCUAAUUAUAAUCGUAUACUUAUAUAAUACUGUAGCACUAUCAGAAAGUUGUAAACCUGUACAUGGUAAAACAAAUAUAUAUUUA